AUGUCCCAACCCGGCCGGGAGACCAGCAGCGAGGCGGCCCUGCCGUCGUCCUCUGCGUCGUCGAGACGCGACGGGAGCGACCUCACCGUGCCGGCCACGCCGCCCAUCGCCCACGCACGUGCCGACGCCGGUGCCGCAUCCACGACGCGAAACAUCACCAACCUUGUGAGCGGCUGCUCCGACGUAUCGAUAAUGGCCAAGGCUUCCUCAUCGUCGGCGCUCGAUCACUCCGCGACCGCGCUGCCCCCGUCGACGCCGCACGUCUCGUCCCAGACCAUACCCGACUCGCAAGAAUCCGCAUCCGCUGACAUGCAGCACAACGGGGGCGCAGACUCCAAUGGCCAGCGUGAUGUGCAGAUGACGGGGCGGUCAAAUAUCGCUUCUGCAAAGGACCCUUUGGACCACCAGGACGCCGCAGCCAGCUCACGGAAGCGCACAGCUAGCGGCCAAGUCAAGAUACGGAGCAGGAGCAACAGUCCAAUCAAGGGCCAUGCCAGAAGCAUCAGCGCAAUCAGCACAACUUCAAAUGGAAGCCAUAUCGGUGACAUAUCCGCGGAUCUCAAGACGCGGCUGAGUUAUGCCAUGCUCAAGGUUAAUAACGGCUGGCAGUCACGCUCUUUCCCCGAGAUCGAGUCUCUCGCCUCGCAAGCCGCCUCUCCUGUCUCAAGCAACUCCACUCUCCAUCGCCGCCAAUCUUCUUCCACCAGCCCGCGGCCGCUGCCAUCAGCAGCGCAAGUUCACUUUGCAGCCGAUCCUGUAGAACCUCGCCGCAAGUCUCGUUCACCUCCAGAACCUUCUAGCAAGCCGUCUCUCGCUCCUCCGGCGCCCAUCCAGCCCUCUCUGUCGAGAGAAACUUCUCAAAACCGCCGACGUCGCUUCUCAAGGCAUCCGCCCGCGCUACUAACACACUCACACUCUGCCACUGCUGCAAGUAGCUAUUCACCGCGACAAUACUUGGACGCUUAUGCCAUGUCGUCGUCACAACCGUCGCGCCCUCCCGAAGGCAUGCUGUACUCGCCGCCCCAAAACAUGAAAGAACAGGCCGCUAUCGAGACGCUCUUGUUUAUGAGCAGCCCCAACAAUUCUGCCAAUCUCAGACAUACCUUCUCCCCUUCCGUAUCACCGGGGCCUGGGCAAGGGCCCUUGCACGAGAACGCAAGCCGCCACACUUCGUCCGGCGGCUUCCGAAAGGGGCUGCCCGGCCAGCGGCCUGCCCUUCCGCAACGGCGGGUCGGCUUCGACAAGUCGCCCGCCAUGGGACCACCCGGCUCGCCGAUGGACCUGGACUCACUGCAGCAGCAGCAGUCGCAACACAUGUCACCAAAUGGCUGGUCACCCAAGCGUCGGGCAAACGGUGUCAGCGGCCAUUUACGCGGCGCGCUGUCUUUACCCAGCGGCCUCGGCCUCAGCAACGGCCGGGCGAGACAGGUGCUGCGCGAUGAGGACAUUGAACGCAUAUUAGACCAUGCCGCAGCCGACAGCUCAGAUGAUGAUGGGGACAUCAAACUGCCGCCCAGGACAAACGGUGUUGCUGGCGCGGUUGGUAUUUGA